CGCGGUGCACGCUGGGGCCGGUAGUCCCUGAGGAGGGGAAGGGCAGUCCGGCCGCGCGUGGGGCAGAGCCGCUCGGGCGGGGGGCCGAGGCGGGAGGCAUGGACAAGCUCAAGCGGGUGUUGAGCGGCCGCGACGCGGAAGAGCCAAGCGGCCUGGCUGAGGUUGUUGAUGCAACCUCGUUAGGUUGGGGCACCAGAGUGAAAGGCUUCGUCGCUUGUUUUGCCAUAGGAUGCCUCUGCUCGCUCUUGGGUACUUGUCUGCUAUGGGUACCAAAGAAGGGGCUGAUGCUCUUUGCAGUGUUUUAUACUCUGGGGAAUAUUGCAUCUAUUGGGAGCACUCUUUUUCUUAUGGGACCAAUGAAACAAUUGAAAAGGAUGUUUGAGCCUACACGUUUGAUUGCUACUACUGUUAUGCUGUUGUGUCUCAUACUGACACUGUGUUCUGCUUUCUGGUGGCGUAAGGAAGGACUCGCGCUCCUUUUCUGCAUUUUACAGUUCUUUGCUUUGGCGUGGUACAGCAUUUCCUUCAUACCAUUUGCAAGGGAUGCUGUGAAGAAAUGUGUUUCAGUCUGUCUGUCCUAACAGAAAUACUGGAUGCUUCAAGAAGUUCUAGGAAGUACAGUAGAACUAUAUUAAGAUCACUGUGUAUGUAUUUUCCUACUUAUGUCUUAAACACGUGCCUUCCAGCUUGUUGUUAGAAGCCCCUUGUGUUAAAUCCAGUGUGUGCAGUUGCUUGGUUUUGUAAGCAAUGGUGUCUGUGGGACAGGGUGCUCAUGAUCAAACGAAGUCCCGUCUGGCAGAAGAACUGGGCACAGAUCCAGAAUAUAUGAUAAUUCUUAUGUGAAAUCAUAUAUUUCUUUGGUUUUUCAAAAGUAACAAAGUAAUAUGUGAAGUCUGUAAAAUGGAGACUUUGACUCUGAUGGGACUAUGCCAGUCUAAAGGAUUUUUUUUUUUUUUUCCAAGAAAAAUAAGUUAGUUGCCAACUGAUUUCUUACUGACAACUUGGGGUUUUUUUAAAUAGCCUUAUGUCACUUAAUCUUUGCAGUGUUGCCUUUGAUAAUGGAAAACUGGUAUUCUUUAUUUUCCUGCCUCUCCGGCAAAAUUUUAGGUUUAUGAGACUUCCAAGAGAUUUAAUUCUAAAUGAAAAGACUGAUUUGGAGUAAGUAUGAAAUGUUUGCAUCCUUAAUGAAGCACUUAAUUUUCAGUUUAGACUGGUGUUUCUUUAAAAUACAUGAAAGGAGUAUUUUCAUCUCUAAAAACUUGUUCCCAUAGAAGAAGCACUUGCAAAAUAAGGUUAAUAGCAUUUUUCAGCUGCCAGGAACCUGAGUUCUUUGCCUUGCCGACAGCUAAUGGCAAUGCAUACAAGGUAGGAAGCUGAAAUUUUUCACAUGAAGCAAGGUGCUUCUCCCCCAGCUGUAGCAUGGGAGCAGUGUGAAGCUGAGGGCAUGAUAGGUAAGCAAAGAGAGAAUUUAUGUAUGUCCUUUCUCAGAGGACAGACCGUUGAUAAGGUAGAAGCGAGCUAUUGUUUAAGCAGUCUGAGCUGGGGAAAAGAUAUUUUCCUCUGGACUUGUAAAUAAGUUAAAACUCCUAGAUUUCUUUCUUUCUUGUUUCUCCUAAAGCUCUCGCAUACGCUAGUGAACUUCUGCUUUGAGAAGAGAGUACAAUUUUCUGUUGCCUGUCUUGGCAAAGAAGGCGUUUAACAAUCUAGCUGCCAGCUCCAGACAAAUUCUGAACAGUCGGUAUCCAAAUUCCAAGGCCACUCUACAUUCUCUUUAUCUUCUGAGCUAUGUAUAGUCAUUUACUCCCAAACCGUUGCAGUGGUCAGUUGUUUAAUAUCUGAGCACAGAUUCCCGCUUCUGCCGUGUGAGGUACUGUUUAACUGCUUUCACUGUUCCGCUGGAGUCAGUGUCUGUGAAGGUGAAUAUCCAGUGGACUUUAGUAUGAACUCUGAAGCCUCUCUUCCUCCAUCUAACAAAGAGUUUAGUCAUUUAACAGCACUGUGUUUGCAUGGCAAGUGAUUCCCUGACUGUACCGUGCAGAUUCUAGUGUAGAAAAAACUUAGAUCUACUUGUCAGUAAAGCCCACAGUGAAGCCAAAUAAUUCUACAGCUUCCAGAAAGUUACUAGAAACUGAGUUAAUUCAGAAGGACACUUAUGUUUAAGAUUUUGAUAAUUUAUAAAGCACAGUACCAUCCUGCUGUUAGGAUCCUGUGAAAAGAAUGCCCAUUUGAGGAGAGUAUGAAAGGGAAAUGUUAACAUUCUUUCUGUAGAUUCCAGCUGGCUAGUUACUGUUACAAAGGCAUUUGAGUGGAAAAUGCCACCUUGAAAACAUGGCACUGAUGUUGGGAAGAAUCUGUUCUACAGGAUGAUGUACAAGUGCUAUCCCCCACCUAGGAUUUGGAAGUUAGUGUUGAAAUAAGUAGCUUGACUAUUACUUUUCUUGAAAUGAAGAAUUAGGUACGUGCCCAAGAGAGACUGGGAAUUAAAGAAUACUGCUAUUUCUUUUCCCUGACUGGCCUAAGGCAGGUAUUUAAACUGAUGUGUGUCUUUUAUCAGGGAGUAGGUUCAAAGCCUAAUUUACAUCUGUCGAAGGACCUGUGUUAGUCUUUUAUUAGUACUUUGAUAAUGUUUACAAAAUUUCUUUGUAUAAGGGCAACUGAAAUGCAGCCCUAAUGCCUUUUACAUUCCAAUAUUUCUUUAGUUUUAACAUCUCUGGGUGUUCCUGGAAAACACUGCAAGUAUAGCAUACGUUAUUUCUCCUUUCCCUCUCCAGGAAAGUUAUGUUAACUCAGAUCAUCAUUUCAGGCUCAUCAGCAGUCACCAUAAUGGCAUUUGACUUCUAGGGUUCUUUUUUUGAAUGUUUCAGAUUAGAAGGAGUAAAAGCCUUUUGCUUUUUCCUUGACUAGCUUGUGCAGGACUGUGGUACCCUGACUCUCAAGCAGUUCCUCUAAAAGAACACUAGAAUUGGGUAUUCUGAACAUUAUUUUUUCAACUUGCAUACUAGCUAACUGGAGCUUUUUAGCUGACUGUUGUGAGCCCAACCACUUAAAAGUAGGAAAUUAGGAAAUUACUAGCAGGUAGCAGGUAAAUUUAAAGGCAUUUUUUUUUUUUCUUUCCUCCCACCCCAUCCUUUUUAAAACUGUAGUUCCAGUUCCACAGCCUCUUACUCAAUGAGAGAAGAACAAAUCUUAAUUUGACUGCAUAGCACAUAAGGCUAAGCAAUUGUGCCCUUAAGGGGGGGAAUCAAAGGAGAGAUAGCAAAGACAUAAUCAUCACCAGAGUGCCUCUAAGGUUUAUGUUGCCCUUUGGUGUUGUAUUUUGUUCCUGUGGAGGUCGGACAGUAGGAGAGACUCACCGUAUUCUUGCCAAUAUGUGAAACAUACUCAGGGUUUGUCACUUCAUCUAGAAGCAGUUUUGCUUUAAAAUAACUCUUCCCUAUCAGAACAAAACUCUUCGGAUUCUUACUCACAAGUAGUUGCAUUCAGGCCAAGUUUAGCAGCAAAACACUUUUCCACUGUGUGAAAAUACUUUAUUUUAUAUGACUUUACAUAAUCGGGGAGUAAACUAGUAUAUGAAUGAUUCCACUUGACCAGUUUCAAUCUGAAUUAAUUAUGCCAUUAUACCAUUUUUUUUGCCAUUAGAACUACUUCGUGUUAAGUUUUGAUAUCAUCAGCUUUGGUUAUUCGCUUGGCAAGAAGCGUGGUGGGCAUUUCUGAAGCCCUCUCUAGCUUUCUAUCUUAAUGUCCUUCAAGGCAGGAGUGUUUGUGGUGUGCGCUACUGCAAAUAGAGAUAUUUGUGUUUUAAAUCACAAAGCUCCUUCCUUCCCAAAGUCCUUGCUCAGUUGCCUACAGCACUUAAGGCUGACUUGCCCAAAGAAACUUGGAUGAUGUUGGGCAUCCAUCUCGGUAGGAUUUGGUGUCCUACCAGAAGGUGCUUUUUGCCCAGCCUCACUGUUGGUCAGCUUGCCUAUCCGCUUUCACUUUUUGCAGUACAGAUAACAUAACCUUAAGCAAGCAGCCUCAGCGUACAGUUCUAGCAUGAAAUGUGCACAUCUGAGAUCAACUGACUUUCCAGAUAUAAUAGAAAUGGGAAGGGGGAGGGUGGUAGUCAUCUGAUCCCAAAAUACUGCAAUUCUAUGAAUUAAAACGUGGGAUUUUUUUUUUCAAAGUUUUGCUCAGUUUUAUGUGAAUACUGGUACUGAGCGAAUACCGUUUUGAAUACUGGUACUGAGAUGGUUCUACAGUGAUGAUGUGAACAAUUCUGUCUUGUUUGGUAUUUACAGUAAUAAGAUUGUUCAUGAGCCGUUACAAAGACCAAGGAAGAAAUUUCUGCACCGAGUUGAAAUUAUUUUAAAAAAUCAGGUUUUGAAAGAAAGAAGAGGAAAAAAAAAAAAAAAAAGUGUGUUAGGCUUUCCGUGUGGAUACUUAUUUUGCAAGUUGGGGGGUAGGGCAGGGACUCUGCUGCGGGCUGGCUUCCAGCUAGGUGCAGGAUGAGAGGCUGGAAUCGAUGGCAACCUGCGGGUGGAUUGCAGCUGGCGCACCGAGCGCUUGGAGCCUCAUGGCACUGUUGCUUACGGGCAGUCUGCUACUCACGGUCUGGUUGCUGCCCUGCGGAGCAGUGUGGGUGUUUGAAGCUCAUCCCCUUCUGCUGCGUGCGAAGAGAUUGAAAGAGCCUCUGAGUUUGAGAACAGUUCUUGCUUAGUUUCGGCACUUAAUCUUAUUAACGAGAGUAAGAUCGCUGUUGCUGUUGUAGACUCUCAAAGCUGAGGAGGAUGACGAUGCUUAAACACACGUUUGUCUUAAAUACUGAUGUUUACAACUAUAGCAAAUACUGACCACGUAGGACAGAAAGCACAGAAAUGGCAUAUUUUCUUAAAACCACGUGCCUCACUGUAAUAUGACAACACUAAAUUUUUUGUGACAGCUAUGGAAUUGUUUUGUAAAAUAAAACCCAAACUCUCAGAAAUUCUUCACAAAGUUUUAUAUUGUUACCGAUUCUGUUUGCUGUUGUGCUUUUUCUAUGUAUUUACACUGUUUGAUUUCUACUUUGAUAAGCAUAUUUCUUUCCUAACUUCCAACUGUCUCUGUAAUGAAGUGAAAUCUUGACUUACAAGUGCUGUUUUUUUUCCUUCAAUAAAGUUGUUAUUGCAUUAAAUGAA